UAUUUCAUUUUAUGUUGACGUUGCGUUCAGUUACUGUAUCAUCGCGUAAAGGAGGCGGGUAAAUUGCCCGAAGGAAAAUUUCCCUCAUUGUUUGUCAUGACAACAAAGGCAGGCCUCUAGCUGAAGACCAUGGACAAUCACGAAAGCAGGUCACCGUUGGCCGUCAACCCCUGGCCGAUGGACGACCGCGACACCACCCCAAGGAAGUCCCGUGGAGGGUGGUUCAGUGGGACACCCCACAAGGUCCCCCCUCCAGAGUUCCAGAGGGGCGAAGAGGAGGAGGACUUGCCCGUCCUGAAGCUGACGCACUUCACCAAGAAAGUGAUGGUGUGUUUCGAUACCGUCAGGACGGGAGCAACAAGAACCAGAGAGCUCCUGGUGGAGAAUCCAUUCGAGUUCCCUCAGGAGCUCCGCCUUGAGAAAUUCCCCUUCAACAAGGGCUUCUCCAUCCCUGAGAAAUGCUGGGAGCUGGACGGAUGCGAGUUGAUGAGGCUGCCGAUCACCUGGACCCCCAAGGAGGAAGGCAACGCCAGAGAGAUGGUGACAUUCAAGUGUGAGGGGGCCUUCAGACUGCAGGUCAUCUUGCUGGGGACUGCGGAGGAUCCGCCUAAAAAGAGGGGAGCAGGUAGGAGAAGCACCUUCUCAGUGCAUCGGAAAGCUCCACUGAGGGUCACCCAGCCCCAAGCAGUCCUAAAACCUAGCCGACCAACUAUGAUUCUUAAGCCCAAAGUUAUGGUGGAGAAACCUCAGGUACCGGGAGGGAAGCGGCCACAGCCUUCAAAUGGAAGAGCAAGCAAGGAAAACCAAGAGAACCGUGCGCCGAUAAAACAAUCUGACUCCUGCAAAUCGGCCAGGCGACUGGCGGCUCAAGUGGAGGUUGGAGAUGCUGACGAGCCACAGAUGGAUCUGAGCACACCCAGUUCUGUGGACAUUUACGAGGGGAGCCCGUUGGAGGAGUUCACUGCACUUGACACUUCGCUGGCAGAGAUCAACGGUGCGGGAAUGCCGGUGACGGCCCAGGAUCUCCUGUUGGAGAACCUGAAGAGGCAGACGCUGUCCGUCUGCAGUGGGAUGUCACCCCUGUUACAGACUGCUAAACCAUUCACGCUGCCCAAGCCCACUCUCGCUGACACACACAUCAGCCAAAAUGCAGGUCCCAGUGUUGGUAACGGUGUCCAGGAAUGCAUAACCGAAUUGGAUGAGGAAGAGCCUUGCAGUGGCCCCAAACGCCUGUCCAUUGAGGCAAAGACCACGGUCACGAAAAACAAGGCACCCGACACACGGCAACCAUCAAAGCCUGCCGACAUACGCAAGAAUCUUUUCUUGUUUGCAGAGGCAGAAGGGAGUUGCAGCUCAAAGCAGAUGAGCAGCCCCUCCGAAUUUGAGGAUAGUCUAAAUGAGCCACAGUUCACUGCUGUUCCCUGCGAUCCAUGUGUCUUUGGCAAAGGCAUCACUGAGCAAUGUGUCGAUGCUCCCAAAGAGGUCCCUCCAGUGCCACAUUGUGCUGAGAAGUCGCAAGACACCAAGAUGUGUGCAAACACAGAGAUUAAAGGUACAUGUAUUCUGAUGGCUGAUAUUCCUCUCAAGUCAGAUAUGUCUCAGUCAGCGGGUGAGACAUCUCUGGACUCCAUGACUCCAGAAAACAUUCCUGUAUCCCCUCCUCUGCGGUGUGACAACUCAGCCCAACUGGGAGCUGACGACUUCAAAGUCCACUCCAGCGUCGUCACUUCCCACCUGAUCAGCCGCAAACGGGUCUCGGACCCCAAAGACGAAGCCGGGUCUCCCCCGAAGAAGUUGAAAGCGCAGGAGGUCAAAAGUCGAGGGGAGAAGAAACCGCCGCCGCGGGACAGGACCACGAACCGGACACUGGCUCUGCGGAGAGCAGCGGCGGCAGAGAAGUCCGGCAAGACAGCCAAGGCCAGAGCACAGGGAAGGCCCACUGGGCAGUACAAGGCUAAAGGUCCCAUGAAGGGGGUGCCAAUGGCCAAGCUGAAUCUGCUGAAGCCAAGUGGAACAGGUAUUCCCCGACACCCAAUGCCUUUCGCCGCCAAGAACAUGUUCUACGACGAGCGUUGGAUGGAGAAGCAAGAGCGAGGCUUCACCCGCUGGCUGAACCAUGUCCUGACUCCGGAAGACUGCCCCAAGGACCCCAGCUGCAAGGCUACCAAAAUUGACGCUGGCACACUCUGCGUGGAGCCCAUGGGGAAGGCUGCCAAUGUUGCACUGGCCCCCUCCAAAGAGGAUCUGUCCCUGCGGGCCUACACGGCCAAGCGCAAGCUCAACAGACUGCGCCGGGGGGCGUGCAUGCUCUUCCAGAGCGAGCCCAUUGUGCGUGUCAUCCAGAAGCUGGAGGCAGAGAUUGAGAAGAGGCGGAUCGAAGUCCGGCCGGACCGCAAGCUUCAUGCUGAUUACGGAAUCAAGCAAAGACUACUGGAUCUGUUCCUGUCCUACAACCCCCUCUGGCUCCGGAUUGGCCUGGAGACUGUCUACGGCGAGAUCCUCCCCUUGCAGGGCAACACCGACAUGGUCGGCCUGUCUCGCUUCAUCAUCACCCGUCUCCUUGGGAAUCCGGACAUUGCCACGCAGUUUGCUCACCCCACCGUGCCCCAUCUCUAUGGCCCAGGCUACGAGGAGGCCCUGUCUCAGUUCACCCUCAAGAAGUUCCUGGUGCUGGUCUUCUUCCUGGAUCGAGCCAAGCUGACAAGGCUCAUAGACCACGACCCCUGCCUCUUCUGUAAAGACUCGGAAUUCAAGUCCAGCCGUGACAUCCUGCUGCACUUCUCCCGCGAGUACCUGCGUGGAGAGGGCGACCUGACCAGACACCUCAGCUUCAUGGGCUACAGCGUCACCCACCGGCAGACGGCCCUGGAUGAGUUUGACUUCUCCGUCACCAAGCUGGCCACGGACCUGCGAUGCGGGGUCAGACUCGCUCGUGUGGUGGAGCUCCUGAUCCAUGACUGGACCUUGUCGUCCCAGCUCCGCGUCCCGGCGAUCAGUCGUCUGCAGAAGAUACACAACGUGGAGGUCACGCUCAAAGCACUGAAGCUGGAUGGUGGAGGGGUGGAUGCCCGUGCCGUUGUUGAUGGGCACAGGGAGAAGACACUGGAACUUCUCUGGAGGAUUAUCUUCCAGUUUCAGAUUGGCCUCCUCUUGAACGAGCAGCAGCUGAAGGAGGAGAUUGCCAUCCAUCGCAAGAACCUCCGUCUCCGGAAGGACCUCAAUGCCCUCGCAACACUCCCCCUUACAGAUACCCUGAUGCUAGGUAUGGGGGACAACCGACGAGACUCCAAUGAGCCCAACAUGUACUUCAAGAGCAGUCGGCUCAGCCUGCUUCUCAAAUGGUGCCAAGUAGUCUGCUCUUUCUAUGGGCUCAAGGUCGAGAAUUUCACAGUUGCUUUCUCCGAUGGUCGGGCCUUGUGCUACCUGGUCCACCACUACCAUCCAUCACUGCUUCCCCUGGGUCUCAUCAACCAGGACACCACACAGACACAAUAUCAGAGACAGGGUGACGCACGAGACAGCGGAAAUGACGACAGCUUUGAUGGCACUUGGUCUAACGUGUACAGUCCAAGCACGGGCAAACCAGGAGAACGUGAACGGUUUCUGGCCAACGAGAGAGAGAACUUCAGGGUGUUGUACGACAAGGUGUCGGAGCUGGGCGGUGUUCCUGGAGUGGUGAAGUCGGCCGAAAUGUCUAACACCAUCCCGGAUGAAAAGGUUGUGAUCACCUAUGUCUCUUACUUGUGUGCCCGUCUGCUGGAUCUGCGGACCGAGACGAGGGCGGCGCGCACCAUACAGGUGGUGUGGAAGGCCCACAGACUACGUCAGUUGGUCAAACAAAGACAGGCUCAAGAGGCUGCGGCCAAGAUCAUACAGUGUGCUGUCCACUCGUUCCUCACCCGACGGCGUCACCAGCGAUUGCUAGGGUCCAUCGUCAAGCUGCAGGCGAUGAGGCGGCGGGUCAUAGCAUGCCGACAGGCAGAGGCACUACGGCAGGCACAACUGGCACUACGGAGACACAGAGCUGCAAUCUCACUUCAGGCACAUGUCAGAGGAUUUUUAGCAAGACGUCAUCACAAGAAGACACUCAAAGCCAUCAUAAUCCAAUCUGCCCUGCGUCGGUACAUCGCCCGCAAGACUUAUCUGCAGUCACGGUGGGCUGUCAUUACUCUGCAGGCUGCCGUCCGGUGCCACCAGGAGAGAUGCUGCUUUGUCCAGAUGCGCGAAGCCGCUGUGAUCCUUCAGCAGCGGUUCAGAGCUAAACGCAUCGGCAGCAAGCAGCGGGCGCUGUACAAUCUCCAGCGCAGUGCCUGCCUCACUCUGCAGGCUGCGUUCAGGGGCUACGCAUGCAGGUGUGGGUACCGCAAGAAGCGUUCCGCAGUCGUUGCCCUUCAGGCACGGAUCCGAGCCCACCUACAGUGUGUGAGGUACCUCCAGAUGAAAUCUGCCGCUUCAGCGAUUCAAAUGCGCUGGCGAUCCACCCUGCACGCCCGAUCCGUCAGAGAGGAGUAUGUGAGCCUUCGUCGAGCUGCUGUCGUCGUACAGUCAUUCUACAGGGGCAUGGUGGCCAGGCGGUAUGCCAUGUACGUUCGCCGUGUGGUGAAAGCGCAGUCUCUAGCCCGGUGCUUCCUGCAGCGUCAGAGGUUUCUGCUCCAGAAGAGAGCCUGCAUAGUCAUCCAGAAAUCGUUCCGCGGAUACACCCAGAAGAACAGGUAUGAAUUGCUACGGGGCGCCACCCUGGUCUUGCAGAGACGCCUCCGAGCCCAAGAGAAGGGUCGGGUCCAGCUGAGGGAAUACAAGGUUAUGAGGGGCGCCGUCAUUACCCUCCAGGCAUGGGCCCGGGGAAUUUUGACACGGAGAUGGUUAGCCAUCCUCAAUGGAUCUGCCGUCAUUAUCCAGUCUGUCUGGAAGAUGCACAGGGCACAGAAGGGCUACCUUGAGAUGCAAAGAGCAACACUGUGCAUUCAGAAAUACACAAGAUCUUACUUGAUUGGGAAAGCAGCCCGCUGCCACUACCUGCAGCUCAGAGCAGCCAUGGUGCUGAUCCAGUCCAGGUGUCGUGCAGCGAUGGCCCAGCGCAAGUUCCGUCACUUGAGGGUAUGCUGCAUCGCCUUGCAGUCUUACGUCCGCAUGUACAUUGCCACGAAACACUUCAGGGCUAUUCAGGGGGCUGCGGUGGUCAUACAACAAAGGUUCAGAGCCAAGGUGAGCCGGGAUCACCAGAUGGAAAGAUACAAUCUUCAGAGGAAGGCCACCAUAGCCCUUCAGGCUUGGGCAAGAGGAGUACUGGCUCGUCGGCAAAUUGCUGCUCAGAAUGAUGCGGCCAUCCAGAUUCAGUCAACUUACAAGGCAUACAGGGAGCGACAGAACUUCAAGAUCGUGCGCUCAGCAUCAGCCUGUCUCCAGAAAUACGUCAGGGCUUAUCUGAUUGGGAAAAGUGUACACACUGAUUACUUGAAGCUGAAGACAGCAGCCGUGAUCAUACAGUCGUCUUAUCGUGGACUGCUGACCAGACGUAACUUCCAGACCCAGAAACGGGCUGCCUUGAAGAUCCAGGCGGUCGUACGCAUGCAUCAGGCUCGCAGCCGCUUUCUCCGUUUGAGACGAGCCGCCUUGAUUAUCCAGGCGAGGUAUCGGGCCCAGAGAUUGGCACAGGAAACCUUGAUCCAGUAUCAGAUCGCUCGGGGAGCUUGCAUUACAUUGCAGGCUGGGGUCCGCGGGCACUUGGUGCGUCGGCAGAUGCGGAAAUUGCACGCAGCUGCUGUCCUGAUUCAGUCAACAUACAAAGCUCAUGUGGAGCAACAGAUGUAUAAGAUGCUACAUUCAGCAACAAUUUGCCUCCAGAGGCAUGCCAGGGCCUAUCUGAUUGGAAAAUCUGCACGAAUUGAUUACUUAAAGAUGAAGUCCUCAGCCAUUGUUAUUCAGUCAUCUUAUCGUGGACUGGUAGCCAGACGCACCUUCAACUCUCAGAAACAAGCCGCAGUGAAAAUUCAAUCAGUUGUUCGUAUGCAUCAAGCUCGCAAUCACUACAUGGAACUUAGAUGGGCAACAACGGCCAUCCAGAAUAGGUAUCGGGCUCAGAAAUUGGCACAAGCAACCUCCCUCCAGUACCAGAUCUGUCGUGGAGCUUGCAUCACUUUGCAGGCUGGGAUACGUGGGCUCCUUGUGCGUCAGCAAAUCAAGAGACUGGACAAGGCUGCCGUCCUGAUUCAAAAGUCCUACCGAGCCCAGGCUGCCCAGGCUAAGUAUCAGAAGAUGAGAAAUGCUGCUUUGGUACUGCAGGAGUAUUGGAGAGCCACCAGAUUGGCCAGAGAGGUUCGAGAGGAAUUUAUGUCCCUGAGGAAAGCUGCGGGUGUCCUGCAGUCCGCCUUCAGGGGGAAACUCGGAAGGCGCAUUGCCAAGGAGCACCGGUCUGCCAGAGUCAUCCAGUCUUACUUCAGAAUGCACCUAAUGUGGCAGUGUUACCAGAGGCAGAGGCGGGCGGCCGUCAGGAUCCAAUCUGCUGCGCGCAUGCAGCAAGCUCGUAGCAGGUAUGGAGCCCUCAGGUGUGCUGCGCUGAUUGUCCAGACAAGAUACAGAGCUCGGAAAGCCUCUGAAGUUGUCUGCCGCCAGUACCAAGUCGUCCGUGGUGCUUGCAUCACUUUGCAGGCUGCGACACGUGGGUUCAUGGUGCGUCAACAGAUUCGGAAGUUACAUGCAGCCGCCGUUCAGAUUCAAAAGUCGUACAGGUCCCACUUGAUGCAAACGCAGUACCAGAAGCUGAGAGGUGCUGCCUUGGUUCUACAGAUGUAUUGGAGGGCUACCAGAUUGUCACGACAGGUUCAAAGGGAUUUCCUCGCCUUAAAAAAUGCUGCAGUCGUUCUGCAGUCUGCAUACAGAGGUCAAGUGGGGAGACGCAUUUCCUCGAGGCACAGGUCAGCUAGACUCAUGCAGUCUUACUUCAGGAUGUACUGCCAGCGGCGACAGUACCUCAACUGGAAACGUACAUCCGUCACGAUUCAGUCUGCUGUACGCAUGCACCAAGCUCGCCGUAAAUACACUAAGCUCAAGCAGGUAGCGAUCAUAAUCCAGCGCAGGUACAGGGCAACCCAGCUGGCGAGAUGGACAUACCUCCGGUACCACAUUCAGCGGGGUGCAUGCAUCACUCUGCAAGCUUACGCCAGAGGACACUUGGCUCGCCAGCACAUUCACAGGCUACACGCCGCAGCAACAACCAUUCAGAAGAACCACGCAGCCUACCAGACUCGCACCAGGUACCUGAAGAUGAAAGGUGCCGCCAAGGUGUUGCAGAAGUAUUGGAGAGCCACAAGACUGGCGAGAGAACAGAAGCUUAUGUUCACCUCUCUGAGGAAAGCUGCCACAACCUUACAGUCAGUGUACAGGGGAAACGCGGGCCGCAAGAUAGCCAGGGAGCAUCGCGCAGCUAGGCUCAUUCAGUCAGUGUACAGAAUGCAUGUGGCAUUCCAGAAGUAUAGCAACCUGAAGGCAGCAGCUAUAACAAUCCAGGCCUUGUAUCGGAUGCGUAGGGAUCGCAACUGCUACCUCAGGCUCGUCGCAGCCACCGUGACAAUCCAGCAGUUCUUCCGUGGUCACCUUUUGACGAGAGCUUCUAGAAAUGCCUUCUUGCUGGCCCGAAGAAGUGCAGUCAAAAUUCAGGCAGCUUACAGAGGACUUGCGCAGCAGAGAGGCUACAACAUCUUGAAGCAGGCAGCAGCCAGGAUCCAAGCCUUGUACAGAGGAAAGAGGCAGCGUAAAGAAUUCUUGACUCUGAAGUGGUCUGCCGUUGUGCUUCAAGAAAGAUACAGAGCUCAUGUUUUAAGAGACCAGGCUUUCAGAGCCUACAACAUACAGCGUGGUGCCGCUAUCACUGCACAGGCCGCAUACAGGGCUUACACCGCUCGAAAAAAUUACACCCGGAUGAAGCAGGCAGCGACCACAAUACAGUCUGUAUACCGAGGGCACAGACAGAGCACCGACUUCCUGUUGAUGAGGAGAUCAGCGGCUGUUUUACAGAUGAGGUACAGAGCUCACCUGCUGAUGAGGGAAGCUGUCCAAACUUUCCAGGCAAAGCGGUGGGCUGCGACUGUGAUCCAAGCCUUUUACAGGGCUCACGCCGAGAGAUGCCGUUUCAUCAACUGCAAGUCUGCGGCAAUUGUCAUCCAGUCCACCUGCAGAGGCAGAAAACAGAGAGAGGAAUACCAGGCAAUCAGGAGAGCUACUUUAGUCUUGCAAAGGAGGUACAGAGCCCAUGUACUUCAGACGGAAACCACUAGAAACUAUCACAUCCAGCGUGGUGCUGUAAUUACCAUUCAGGCCUAUCAGAGAGGAAGGCUCGCCAGGCAGUAUGUCAAAUGGAUCCGUGCGGCCAUCAAAAUCCAGUCCUACUGGAGGAUGGUCAUUCAGCGACGCAGGUAUCUAGCUCUACAAAAUGCCGUCAACAAAAUUGGGGCAAGCUUCAAGGCCCGAGCUGCCAGAAGAGAUUUUCUAUCUCUGAGGCAUGCAGCUGUCACAUUCCAGACAAGAUACCGUGCUCUGAUAAUGACACAGGCCCAGCAAAGGAAGUAUGACAGGAUCUGUAGAGCCAUCAUCACAAUCCAGUCUUUCAUCCGAGGCCGGCAGGCGAGGGAGCUCACCAAGAGGAUCCGAGCCGCAGUCAAAAUACAGUCGGCUUACAGGGGCUACACACAACAGAGAAGAUACCAGUCAGUGAGGAAGUGCGUCCUGCUGCUGCAGGCUCGUACCAGGGGUAUGAUAGCACGGCAGAUGGUCUCCACGAUGCGGAAGUGGCAGCAAGCCGCCGUUUGCAUCCAGAGGCACUUUCGAGGUUACGCUGCACGGAAAAUCCUUGAGGCCCAGAGGCAGGCCAGGCUGGCCCAGCUGGAGCGCUUCUCCUCUGUUGCCAGGUUCCACCUGUCAGCAAUCAGGAUCCAGCAUCGCUAUCGUAUGUACAAAAUGUGUCAGGCUGCCAAAGCCAAGAUGCAGUCCAUCAGGAUAAUUCAGCGUUGGAUGCGUGCCACUCUCCAGCGCCUCCAUUUCCUGAAGCUCCGACGUAGCAUAAUUGCUCUGCAGCGGCGUGUACGUCAGCACCAGGCCCUCCGGCAGCGCGCCGCGGUGCGCAUCCAGGCCCAGGCCAGAGUGUGGCUGGCCAGGCAAUAUGUCAGGAAGAUGAAGGCCGCAGCUCUGACCGUCCAGUCUGCGUGGCGCGGUCUCCACGUACGCCGCAGCUGCAAAAGCAAGAAGAUUGCCGCCGCCCGCGCCCGCUGCAUCAAGGCCAACAAGGCGGUCACGGAGGAGAAAAAACUCUGCAACCGGACGGCGUCUGCCCUUGACUACCUGCUGCAGUACAGGCAAAUGUCUGGCCUGCUGGAGGCACUCAUCAGUCUAGAUGUGGUGAGCCGUCUGUCGGCGGCCUGCUGCGAGCGUCUCGUGGAGGGUCAGGCGGUGCCAGUCAUCUUCACUCUCAUCAGGAGCUGCAAUCGCAGCCUGCCUUGCAUGGAGGUCAUCAAGUACAGCGUCAACAUCCUCCUCAACUUGACCAAGUACCCUCCCACUGCCCACGCUGUCUUCGAGGAGCCCGAAUCCGUCAGCAUCAUCCUGGACCUGAUGCAGAUGUACCGGGAGAAGGGCACCCCGAUCUUCUGCAAAGUCUGCAUGUUGUUGGGCACGUUGGCUCAGGAUCCCAGACGGGCAAAGAUCAUCCUGUCGGCCCCGAAGAACAAGGAGAGGCUCGUGGGCAUCAAGCGACUGACGGAGCGCAAGCACAGCCUAGAGGCCAAGCGGGCCCAGGCUAAGGCCCGCAGCCUCAACAACUCCUGCCUGUCCAACACCGGCAGUUGCAACAGCAGUUUCCUCGGCGCCAGCUUCCUGAGCACCAGCGCUCUCAAUGCCAGCAGCCUGAUGCCGGCUCCAACUCCCCGCAAGCAGCAGCGGCCGCAGCGGUGGGUGGAGCCGGAGUGGGUGCUGGGACGGUCCAAGAUGCGGGAGAUCGCUGACCCGCUGGAGGCGUGUUACUUUGUGAUGGAGGCCUUGAAUUUGAAAUGAAAACAUUCUCUCUCCUCGGGAAAGCACGCGAGACUGUAGCUGAUAGUUUGUAGUAGCUUCAAGUUUUUUGUAGAUCGGAGAAUGCAGUCUGACUUUGUGUUGUGUUUUUUAACUCUCAAGAAUGGAAUUUGUACAUAAUGAUCAAACUUUCCCGAUGUUGUUUGGGCUUCACUUGAGCUUGUCUGUGAAGUUUUUCUUGUUGAUUUGGCAGAGCUCUAAUGCUGUUUAAAAUGUGAAAUUCUAGAAAUGAUAAUUUGGUGCUUAGCUGAAAUUUGCUUUCUGUGGAUUUGAGAAACCUCGCAUCAAUCACUGAAUCAUUUCAAUCUAUAAAGGAUGUAACUGAGAUUUAUGUAAAUGACCUUUUUUUCAACUUAUCCCAUCAAUUAAGGUUUUGCCCAAGGUUUAAUUACAACAUUACUUAAAAAUAUCCGAUGGGACUAUGAAAGAGUAAACCGAUUUUUGGCAGAACUAGGAUUCGAACCCAGUACCACUGUACAUCUAGUCCUGAGCUCUACUGAUGCCAUUUUGUGCAAGAAUGAUCUCGCUUUGCUGGAGUACUCUUUUGUAUAUAUAUUGUACAUAUUUCUGAUUGAAUUUCUACAAUGAUCCCUGGAAGUUGCCUAUAAGUUCAAUAACUUUUACAUCUUACAAACUGUAUAUUCCCUGAAAUUGUGGGCCUGUCAGUUGCUAGUUAAUCAGCGCAAGAAGUCAAAAUGUCAAUUUCAGUGUCAUUUGCAUGCAUGUGUAACAUAUUUUCAUCUGAGGGAAAAUGGCUUCAUCUAGAAAAGUCGCUGACACUUUGAGGAUAACCAUUUCUACAUGCAAACAUCCCAAGCGGCAUUUCUGCAUAAAUAUAGUUCAGGUGUUCCAUCCACUUGAAAUUUGUUGGAAGUGUAUGUUACAUUUUUGGCAGCUUUUGAUGAAUCAUUUUUUUUAUUUCCUUUGUUUUAAUCAUGCCACAUGAAUAUUAAAUGGGCUUGCGAAAAUGUUAGUUGAACUGCUUUUAGAUGCAAUAUAAUACGUAGACAAUUUAAAUGCAUGUCUUGCAUGUUCUUGUCUUCUGUUGUAAUUCAUUCAUUAGAUAUUCAUGAGAAUCAGAACGAAUUUUAUCAAGAAAGAGCCAACUCACAACAGGUGUUUAUAAAUACAAAAUUCCCAUUUAUCAGAACUUUACAAAUUUACAAAAGACCUUGUUUCCCCCCAAAUUAGCAUGUACACUGAACUGAAUUGGCAUAAAAGACAAAUGUUUUAGUUUCUCAGAAUUCCCAUUUAUCAGAACUUUUAAAAUAGAAAAAAAGCCUUGUUUUCCCC